GUCGCCUUCGACUUCCAUCGCCGGUUUCUUUAUCUGCGCAGUGCUGACUUGCGCUGAUUUCUUCUGAGCAAACUCCUGCACCUCCAGCUCCGCCCGCACUGCCCCAAAUUCCAGCACAUCGUACACAAGUGACGUGAGGGCCACUGUCAGACGCCUUUGUGCUUAUCUGAUUCUUAGAUCUGCAGGCUUUCCCUCUCAUGGUCGUCCCUUGUUCUGUCUGGAUCAAAACACAUGCCAAGACUGGCCUUCUCCAUUCUCCAUAAGUUCAUACCCACUUCACCGAAGAGGACCAGCCAACACCAGCGCAGCUUCUGCGCGCAAAAUUGAUACACGGAAAACUUGUAGCACGCCGUGACGAGCACACAUGUUCGGCAAGGAGAAGGCCGGCGCCGCCGAUGACGACAAUGGCUUCCUCAGUCCGCCUCCACGAACGCCCUCUUCGGCUCCGGCGCCUUCGGGCCAGCCCUCCCCUUCGUCGCCUUCCUCUCCGAUGAACUCUGUACGUCAGAUACUGCGACGGCCCGUCGCUGGGCGCUCUCACGAAUCGCUGUCAAGGCCUAGCGUGCGUAUACGCAGAAAUCCGUCUUCCUCGUCGAUUCGCUCAAUCGAGUCCACCAGCACGACUGCCAUGCCCGCUGCGUCUGCAGCUAACACUGGUCUUCACGAUAUCCCAGAGGAAGCCCCUGGAAGACGAAGGAGCAGCUCGGAACCGCAGCGACCGUCGUGGUACUCACAGUCCGAUGCUGCUGAGCGACUCGCUCGCAUGUCCACCGUCAAUGAGAUGCCCACCAUAUCUGAGGGCCCUGGCCAACCAAGCAGCAGUGCCGCCGGCUCAAGAAGGAACAGAGGGAGCUCACUGAGAGUUCCUCGUGAAAUGGCGGGCCAUCUGAGUCCACACGUGGCGCUGCACGGGUCUACAGAAGCUGCCGAUCAACUCGAUGGGCAUCUGCAGCCGCACAUGGAGGGGUUGGAUCCUCCAAGGAACAGAGUAAUGAGAGGUCUGAGCAACGCCGUAAGGAGGGUUCCUGGUGUCGAGAGCCUGAGGAGUCGAAUGAGCCAAAGCGAUGCGGCAUCUGUUGACAGAAGGUAUGACGAAGACGAAUAUGAUUCCGAGAUGGUGGACCUCCUGGAUGUCAUCGAUCCUGAAGUCGCGACGCUCUCUACCCUCACGAACGUUCAGAACUCACUGUUCGUGCCGAAUCUGGGUCGACUCGUUAACAGGAGACCGACUUAUAAUUUCACACGCCAACAGGCGGCCAUGGGCGAGUUUGCGGAAUCCCGGCUGGGCACCUCUGAGACAGAGCCGGUGGACGAGGAAGCAGAGGAGGUGGCGGACGGGAUGACUCAGGGUCAGACAGUCGAUUCGAACGACAGCAAUAUGCGGCCGCGUCUUACACACACGAGCACAAUCUCGUCGACGCUGAGCGAGUCGAGGUAUGCUGUGCUGCCGCACGGAGAAACCUUGGCAGGCUGGACUCCCGAAGAAAAGGCGGAGCUCAACGAUCUUGUCAGACAUAUGCUUCACUCGCGCAGGGCAGCAUUCAAGCGUGGUCUGAAGGGAUUCGGACAGUAUGUAAAGAGACCACUUGGUUUCUUCAUCACCUUGUACGCCACCUUGAUCACUCUCUUCGGCGCUGCGUGGGUCCUCUUUCUCAUCGGCUGGAUAUCACUCGGCUCUCGUAAGGACUAUAUUGUCAACGUUGUAGACAACGUCCUUGUUGCCCUCUUCGCCAUCAUGGGUGAUGGCCUCGCGCCUUUCCGCGCCGUAGAUACCUACCACAUGGCCUACAUUGCGUACUACCACAGACUCUCGUGGAAAAUCCGCCGUCAGAAGCACCUUCCAAAGCUGCAGGACAGAAACGAUCUACCUGUUAAACGUAACGACAAUGAGGAGGAUCUUGAGUAUGCAGCCGUUGAAACAAAGGAGGAGCGGCGCGAGCAUAGAGGAGCUUGGGAGUACUCCGUACUUACACCCGCACAACAGAAGAAGCUGGUCCACCAUCAAACUAUCUUCGCUCGAAGUCAUACUUUCUACAAACCGCACGAGACGGAGACUCACCAUGCCUUCCCCUUGCGACUCCUCAUCACCAUCGUCGUGCUGCUAGAUUUACACUCGUGUUUCCAGAUCGCGUUGGGAGCGUGUACAUGGGGUAUCGACUAUAAGACUCGCCCUUUCUGGCUAACUACAUUCAUCCUGUGCUGCAGCCUGACGUGUAAUAUCACUGGCGGUAUUCUCAUCUCCGUAGGCGACAAGCGAACGCGCAAGAAGGAUGUCAUCGAGAAGAUGUUCCGCCAGCAGCUGACGCACACGGCGAUGAAGGAGGUGCGAAGGCGGCGCUUGCGUGCGAACGAGGAGGCCGCCGAGGCUUCCGGUCCCGGUUCCGACUUUGAAACCUUGCCCGUACAUGUGCCGCCACCGGUGCGCAAGAAGAAGGAACUCGAGCGCGAAUUAACACUCCAGCAGCAGAAAGUGGUUGACACGGACGCGGCCCAACAAACGCGGCUUGCGCACGAGGCGGAGAAGAAGACCCCAGUCAAGAAGAACAGAUGGAGAAGCAUUCCGCUGCUGCCGUACUACAUCACUAAGGAGAGUAGGGACUUUAGGAAGGAGGAAAAGAAGCAAGCAAAAGCCGAGAAGGCGGCGGCGGCGGCGGCAGCAGCCGCAGGCCAUCCGACGUCUUCAGCUUAGUCUCAAGCAGUUGCGAGCAUUUGUGUUUUUGGGAAGCUCUCUUUUCAGCGCAUGUUGUUGGACCGAGAGCAGUAUCAAAACAAGUUGAAAAGCGUUUUCGUUGUCGAUCUUACUCAGUGUGUUUAAUUCGGGUCGCGGGAGAGUCGUGGUUGAGUGUCGGUAGCUUUGAGAUCUUUCUGAUUUCACCUAACCUACACACUAGCGCAAAAAGGAGAUUCAGAUACGUGCGAUGAGGGAAAUAUUCUAAUGUGCACGACUGGCCUUGGCAUCUUGUCUCAGUUGGCACAUUGACUCCCAUCAGAUAACAAUGUCGCACAGAGGAUGAAAAAGUUAUAAUAAAUCGAUGAUCGCCGACAAAAUGGGGAGGUUGCGAAUGAUCAUCUUGAAGAUUGACCAAAGCUAGAAUCCAGUUGAGCCGGAACCGCUGAUGCCAGGUACACCCUGCUUUUCCCAA